AUGGAAAGUCUCGAUCGCGCGCGAGACGAGUCGAUGGACGAUGUCUUCCUCCAAGAUGAUCUCAGCCAAACCAUCGCAGAACACGCAACACGAUGCCAGUCGCUAUUUCACAAGUACAUGGUCAGGCCAGAAAUCGUGCCAGAUCCUACCAUCAUGGAUGACCAGCUGGCACGCUUUUCUCUGUGGGCAUCAAACAUGGAUGUCUACGGGCCACUCAAUGUUUCGCUGGACUACCGACUCCGAUUCAGCCCCACGGCUGCGGAAAUCAUACAUCAGCUCCUUGAUAUUAUUUGUGAUACCUUGACGUCUUUAAAGCCAAUUGACCACCGCCCACCGCCACAAACUACAAGCAGGAAGAGACAACGCAUUUCCGCACAUGGAGACUCCGAAGUAAUGAGGAGGGGCGACGAUGAUGCAAGCGAUUCGGACAGUGACGUCGACUCAGCAGAAGGAAACAUUUUGAAGAUUACCGAGACAAUUGGCGGGACAUUGACCCGGCUCUUUCGUCUGUCCAACGCUGUGCGCAAGUCGGCCAAAGCCAACCGAGCCCGCAAGAUUGAAAGAUACCAAGGCGACAAGGAAUCAAACGAUGCCAUAGCCGAGCUUCGUAUCUACACUGAAUGCUAUAUUCGUUUCCGAUUUCCUGAGGCACCGGAUGCGCUUCGCCUGGCAUUGGUAGAAGCCAAUGCGCUGCGACUCCGACGGCUUCAUUAUCAGCGUUCCCAUCGGAGGCGCAUCGAGUUGAGCAUUCAGACCCCGCAAUCUACGCCGGCCGUGGUUCAACUCCCCAAGAUGACGCCAGCUGCACCGACUGUUCGUUUUGCUCCGGGCCCCGCGGUGCCAAAGUCUACGACCACCAGCAAAAUGUUGCGGCCUGCGCCGGUUCCAGCAACGAAUGCAACCACUGCCCGACAAACUGCUGUGCAAGCCUUUUAUGCCAAAUCCACAACUGAGGUUCCGCGGGCGAAAUCUGCUCUCGUGAACAAUAAUUUAUCGUUCCCUCCUAUGCCUCCAACAAAACAGUGUCCAUACUGCGGCGUCAUUGUCGAGUUCAACAACACCAAAAGGCCAUUGCUGUGGCAAAAUCAUGUCAUUGGAGACCUGGAGCCAUUCAUUUGUGUUUUUUCACAAUGCUUGGUAGAAAGUCAGAACGGUACCAGUCCGCUCACAUUCGAAACGUCAAAAGCUUGGUCGAGCCAUAUGCAGACUGCUCACGGACAUACGUGGGAGUGCAGGGCUCCUUCACACGACCCAAUGGUCUUUGAUCAAGAGACUCACUACCAGGAACAUUCUAUUCAGGAGCACGGCGUGCCAGAGGCGUACGCUAGGACUCUCAGCAGUGCUGCCCGAAGACGAACCCAUGAAAAGAUACUGGAGUGUCCAUUCGGCGACGAUUUCCAGUCCUCAGAAAAUACUGAAUACAGUACCGUCUUCUCGAGCGAUGCUCUUCAGGUGCACGUGGCCGCUCACAUGAAAGAAAUCGCACUGCUUACACUGCAGAAGCUUCCCGGGGAUGGCGAUGAAGAUACGGACGACUUCAAGAGUGACCAAGUGGAUGAUGAUGGGCCGGGACUUGGAAUUACACGUGACUCCAUGGACAGCCUGCUAGGCGACGAAGACCUAGACUUCUCGGACGACGCUACUAUGGCUUCAGAUAGCAGUAUGAGUCACGACGAUGAAGGCAGCUCGGAGAUGACGAAGCUUCACUUUGCCGUGCACGAUGGCAAUCUGCCCUUGGUUGAGUCCUUGGUCCGUGAGGGUGCCAGCUUGAGCAACCGAGACAGUGCCGGCAGGACAGCGUUGCAUGUCGCUGUCAUGAAAAAGUCCCAUGACCAAGCUAUAAUGGACUUGCUCCUGAGCGCCGGCGGCAAAGACCUCGUAAAUUUAGGUGAUGAAAACCGCCAAACAGCCCUGCAUUACGCAGCAGAAAGAGGCCUCAUCGAGACCAUAAACAUUUUAGUCAGCCAUGGUGCAGACACAGGUACCACUGACAACUUCGGGUUUUCUCCAUUUCUUUGGGCUGUGGUCGCUGGACAAGUAGGCGUCACUGAAAAGCUGUUAAUUUUGGGCGCCAAUGUCAACUCAUUCAGCGCAGAUGGGAAGUCUGCUCUCGCUUGGGCCGCCGGUCUGGGGUAUGAUGGGAUGACCCUUUUGCUCUUGGGCCAUGGUUUCAGCGCCAGGACUUCUCAGAUCCAAAGUGUGUCGUUGCUGCCUUUGGGGGAAGCAUCAGCUUUUGGCAACCAUAUUAUUGUAAGAGCCAUCCUCGAUUCUGGUGCAAAUCCAAACGAUCGUGAUCGUGAUGGUUGGUCUGCCAUACACUGGGCAGCAGAAGAAGGCCAUUUAAACAUUGUGGGUUUAUUAUUGAACAAAGGAGCCAAUGUCAAUGCUGUUAGCUCCUAUGGCACAUCACCAUUGCACUGCGCCGCAAACGGAGGACAUGAUUCCAUUGUGAAUCUCCUCCUUCAAUCAGGAGCCGACCCGCUCAAGUCGACAUGUCACGGGUGGACUGCACUGCAUCACGCAGCCUUUAUGGGCCACUCUCGCGUUGUCCAGUCCCUCCUACAAUACGACGGCAUUAGAUCCAGUGCCUCGCAGCAGGAUAACCAUGGUUGGUCUGCUCUCCAUUUGGCCAUCCAUAGUCGAGACACGGAUACUAUCCAUCUCUUACUUGACAGGUCUAUCAUUGCAGAACCCCAGACCUUGUUCGAUGAGAGUGGCCUUACUGCGGAAGAAUGGUUAGAUUUUGGACCCAUCAGCCGCUCCCAGAAAGCGCGAGCAACGGGUAACUUGGCUUUUAGCAAGUCACGCUGUUGCAGGGCAGUGACAGGAUUGCGACGAGCCGUUACCAAUGGCACGGGCAACAUUCCAAUGAUCAAACUAUUCUUGACAUUGGGUCAUGAUAUUAACGGCACAGAUUCCGGAAGAAGGACGGCGCUCUACUACGCUGUAAAGAGACGCAUGCUUCCUGUAAUAGACCUCCUUCUCAGCAUGGAUGCAGAUCCCAACAUUCUCCCAGUAGGGCGCAGAACGUGGGAAGAGUUCAUCUCAGACGCGGAGGUUUUACUACGACUCAACCGAGCAGGCUAUCAAACUCAGGAUGCCGAUCCGGAGAUAGAGCACCAAAUCAGACUCGCAUUUGGACCGCAUAGGCGUCCGUCUAUGCCGGAUCCAUCGGUCUCUUUUGAAAGUGAGGAGCCACUCUCUCGAACGAGCACUCAAUUGCCGAUCCGAUCUGUAUCGUUUCCAUCCGUCACGCCUUCCUCAACGCCACCUUUACCAGGCCAUUCGGCUUCAAAUACACCCACUCUCUCACCUGCAUCUGCGCAACAGACGAAUGACAACAAGCGCAAAGCGAGUUCAGGGAGCUGGUGGAGAAGGGCUUUUAGAACUUCGAGCAAGUAG